CCCGCCGGCCCCGCCUUCCCGCUCUCGCCGCCUUCGAGUUGCUCCGGUAUCGCCGCUCCCCUCCUCCGCCCCGCGUCCUGAUUCUUUUUCCCUCCUUUCCCUCAGAGGAUGUCCACCUUCCAGAUCAACCUCAACCCGCUCAAGGAGCCGCUCGGCUUCAUCAAGAUCCUCGAGUGGUUUGCUUCCAUCUUUGCGUUUGCCACCUGUGGUGGGUUUAAGGGCAAAACAGAAUUUCAAGUGAACUGUCCUAAUAAAACUGGUGACAAUAAGACGGUUACAGCUACUUUUGGUUAUCCAUUCAGGUUGAAUCAGGCAUCAUUUCAUACACCUCCAAAAGUCAAUGUGUGUGAGGUGAACUGGGAAAAGCAUGUCCUCAUAGGUGAUUACUCCUCUUCUGCACAGUUCUACGUUACUUUUGCAGUCUUUGUGUUCCUGUACUGCAUUGCUGCCCUUCUGCUCUAUGUUGGCUACACAAACCUCUACCGGGAUAGUCGCAAACUGCCCAUGAUUGACUUUAUUGUUACUCUUGUGGCUACUUUUCUGUGGUUGGUGAGUUCCUCGGCCUGGGCUAAAGCUCUGACAGAUAUUAAAAUAGCUACUGGAUCCAGAAUUGUUGAGGAACUUGAUCCUUGUAAGUCAGAAGUGUCAUGUCACUUUGUCUCUGUGACUAGUAUGGGAUCCCUGAAUGUGUCUGUGAUCUUCGGCUUUCUGAAUAUGAUACUUUGGGGAGGAAAUGCUUGGUUUGUAUACAAGGAGACCAGCUUACAUAGUCCAUCAAAUACAUCAGCUUCCCACAGCCAAGGAGGUGUCCCACCCACUUCUGGAAUGUAAUUAAAGGGAGAAAUAAACUGUAUGAAAUGCGUGCUAUACUAUGCCUUGUUGCCAACAUCUUGAGAAGCAUUAUUGUUUCUAAUAAAAAGUAAUGGCUUUUUCAGUAAAUUGGUGGGUUUAAAAAUUUGCUGCUUUUCUACAUAAAACGUGCCUUUUCUAGAAAUUUAAGAUGUAAAUGUAUUUUUACAUGUAAGUUUGAAAAUUCAGGACCCUGUUAUGAGAUGAUGUUACUUUUAACUGAACAAUAAUUUAACUAAGUUGCUUCUAAAGUGUUUACACCUUAAACUUUAACAUAAACCUUCAUUCAGAAAACAGUUAUGUCAUAUCAUAAUAUAGGAAGAAUGUUUUUGGAAUAUACACUACUGUUAGUUUGUACACAUCAUAUUCUUAAGGCUUGGCUUGUUUAAAAAAAUCUUGAUUGCAUAAAUCAUAUUUAGAAAAAAAUUAGUGCAAUUUUAUAUUUGAAUAUUGUUCAUGUUAAAAAUUUUUUUUGAAUUGCAAAGACUGGGUAUAUAUUUUGUUUCUGUUUUUCUAAAUGACCUGUACUUAUUAGGUUACUAAAAUUGUCUUAGAAGCAAGAGUUUGAAAACUGUAACCAGUGUGUAGAGUUCAUUCUGCACUUGUGUUACAUGGAUAUAUUCAUUAUUUUUGGUGGUUUCUCAGGCUUGCAAAGAACAUGGUUCCCCAGAUGGUUUUUUACAUGUAGGCAUUCUCAAUGAUGCUUGUUUACUAGUCUUUGUUCAUACCAAGAGAGGAAAAAAAACGACUUUUUUUUUCUAGACCCUGUUUAGAGGGUUAUUAAAAAUUAAGGUUGCCUUUUACUUUUGAAACAUUUAACAUUUAGCCAAUGAAGUUGCUUCUCCUGAGUUUAACAUUGAUAUUGUGAAAAUAAAUGCAGUUCAGAUUUCUUAUUUCUUAAGAUUCAUUCUUCACAAAGGGGUGAUAAGGAAUUAUGCUCAUAAAGGAACCUGAGUAAGCUGUAUUGUGUGUGUGUUGUCUUUACACACACAUUUGUGUAUGCUCAGAAUACAGUGCCUUUUGUUCCUGGCUUUUUUUGUUGUACAGGGAUUCAGACUUCCUAUUCUUACAAGAUGAUGUUUGUAUGUAAAGCACAUCUUACAAUAUUGCCUUAUUUUUGUUGCUUUAUUCAUGGCAAAGUGUCAGUUUGAGAAUGUGUGUUUAAUAAGCAAACAAUAAAGAAGUUAAAAUAAAGAAUGCCCUGUUGUUAUAUUACAAUGAACUCUUCAUCCUAAAGGUAUAAUCAUUGCACAGUGGAACCUCUUUUCAAAGCAGGAGAUAGAAUUACAGUAGUAUUUUUAAGUGCCAAUAGAACAGACUAAAAUGCUUCAGACAUUUCAUUCUUGUUUGAAAAAUAUUUAUAACUCUUAGAUUCUUUUCCUCGUAAAUAUUUUCUCAUUGGUCACUCAAACAGGAAAGAUUACUGACCAAGAAGAUAAAACUUCCAGGCCUGUUUCUGUAUUUCAGUUGUUAGACUGUUUGUCUAGCAUGCACAAGGCCCUGGUUUCAUUCCUCUACACUACUGCAUAAAUAAGCCAGCUCCAGCCUCCAAUCUCAGCACUCCACUUUUAAGGUCAUCCCUGCCUACUUGGGGAGUUUGAGGCUAGCCUGGUAUAUAUCAAGUCAGGUGUACUCUUUUCCUGCUACUUCUCUCUCUUUCCUUUCCCCAUCUUUUCCUCCCUCCUUACUCCUCUUCCUUGUUCCUCCUCACCUCCCCAUCCUAGAGCUAAAGUGCUAGGAUUUGAACCUGUCCUUGGCCAGUUCACAAGCUGGCUAAAAAGGCAAAGCCUACAUUUGUAUCUGAAAACAUGGAAAUAAGAAUACUGACCUUGGGCUGGAGAGAUGGCUUGGGGGUUAGGAGCACUGGCUGCUCCUCCAGAGAACCCACAUGACAACUAAUAACCACUUAAUAACUCCAAAGGGGAUCUAAUAUUCCUCUUCUGGCUUCUACAGGUACUAAAAACAUUCACAGACAGUAUGUAUGCAGGCAAAACACAUAAAUCUUUUUUCUUAAAUUGACUUAAAAAAUAUAUGAAAAGCAAAAUGGGUAUAGAGGUUGUGAAAUGCCUUCUUCAGCACAUAGUUUCUCCAUAAAUGUUAGCUGUGUCUAAGACUGUUAGCCUGGAGUCCAAGGGACUAGAGGACACAGGCCGAGAAGCCGGAAGAGCUUCCAGCAUCUAAGUUUCUUCCUUUGUAGUAUUUACAAUUGGGUUUUCCUUAACCAAUCCUAAGUGUUUGGGUGUGUUUGUUUUUCUGUUGGUGCAGAUGUUGGUAAGGCUAAUGAAAUGAAAAGGUAGUCCACUGAAAUGAGAGUAAACUCAGAAAGGGCUUCUGUUAGCCUGCUUUUUAGGGAACAUUACAGAGACAAUUUCUAAGACAAAAGCCAUAAGAGCUUUAACUUCCCAGAAGAUAGGCUGCAGAGAGCUAUUUAGAAACAGACUCAUUACUAAUUUUUUAAAAAAAUAAAGUUCACAUGGAUAAAGAUUUUCAAUCUAAAAGGUAAGGGUGGCGUUACAUGAUAGUUUAUGUUUGGGAUGUAAUUAUAAGUUUUUAUGUACUAUUUCCAGAAAUAGAUGAAUGUAUAAAACCAUACAGAAGAGCUUUAUAUAAACCAGAUUUUUAAAAGAAAUAAAAUCUUGCUAGAACAACUUUCCCUACGGUUGGUACAGAAGUGAAUAUUCUCAUGAGUACUCGAUGCUGCCGGGCGUUCGUCACUGCUCAGUUUGAAGUGUCAUCUUUGUUUUAAAAGCUGAUUGUGAUCACUGUUGAGGCUGGCCUCCCUUUCCUGUAGUUACUAGCUCCUCUGCUUCUGCAUUCCCUUCUCAAACCCUUAGCUGAGCUUUCUUCUGUGAGACUUUCAUGUGGACGAAAACAGUUCCCUGCAUCACCUUGGCAGUAACCCGUUGGCAUUUACAUGGCUGCAGUGUUCUCCCGUCUAUGACUUGUAUUUUCACUGGAUUUUGUCAUAUGAACUUGUUCAUGUCAAUGGUAUGUAACUUAUCUUCCUCAUGGGUUUUAGUUUUCUGUGAUGGUGAAAUCACUAUUCUUGUAUACAUUUUGGAAUCCUCUUGUCAAGUUCCUAAAGACCCUUUGUGAGGUUUCAUUUGUGAAGAAUUGCAUUGAAUUUAUACAUCAAUUAAUUUGUGAAGAAUUGUCAAAUUUAUAAUGCCACAGUUUUGUAUUUAAAAACAUGGUAUAUUUCUGCAUUUAUAUUUUAUGGUUUCCAAUGAAGUUUUGUAAUUGUCUACAUAAAGAUUUAAGAUUACACUUAG